AUGAAAAAUGAUAAAACCUUGACGAUCCAACACAAGGAGGGCAUUAAGAAAAUUACAAUCAAACAAACCAAGACACCGAGUUCAAGUGAUAAUGCAUGGUCAAUAUGCAGAGAUUCAAGAUAUUGGAUUAAUGCUGAGAAAUUUUAUCCAGAAAGGUUCAUUGAUAGUUCAGUUGAUUACAAAGGUGCUGAUUUUCAGAUUAUACCAUUUGGUGCUGGGAGAAGGACAUGUCCUGGCAUAUCAUUUGGUAUUGCUAACUUAGAAAUUUCAAGUGCAAAUUUGCUUUUCCAUUUUAAUUGGAAUAUGCCUAAUGGAUACAAGGCUGAAGAACUUGACAUGAAAGAAUCUUUUGGGUUGACUGUUAGAAGAAAACAUGAUUUGUGGUUGGUUCCCACCACUUAUCAAUCUAGUUAA